AGUUUCAUGAUGAUUGCCAAUGACAAUUUAAUUUCAUCAGAAUAUUGUUUUCCUGAGUUCUAUUCCUUAUUUUUAUUUUGUGUUAUUGUAUACGUAACGUAAUUACUUAUAUCCUCUUCAAGACUUGUCAAAACGGCUUAGAAUUAUGUCUGACGUCAGGCAAUUUUGUUAUGACGAUGAGACAGGCGAAGUAAUGACCUACCACAUAAACGACGAAACCGGAGAGCCAUUGGUAGAAAACUUGCGGUCUAUACAAUCUCGUGCAAGGACGUAUCGCGUGAGACCUCGCUUUUCACGCAUCAGCCGCCCUCCAAAGCCAGUGCGUUUCCCUAAAUUUCAUAUGGCCAAAACAAAACAAUUCCAGCAUUUAAAAGAAAACAUACUGGCCGGUUCUAAUACAUUUAGUCAUAGAAUACUCUUGAUUCCGACUGUGGUUUUCUUCCCGGCUGUGGCGACCAUUCUGCUGAUGAUUCUUGAGAUAUAUCUUCAUGUCCGCUGCCACAAGAAGAAUAAAAAACUCAAAGAUUCAACCAUGUACUAUCGGAGCCCAUUUCAUGUGGUCACCAGGACGUUUUGCGGCGUCUGUCGCGACUGCGACGCUGCCUCUAAGGUGGGACAGCUGCAAGAUGAGAGGCGUCAUCGCUAUGACUACUUUCGUUCUUUAGCUAUUUAAAGGUUAAAUAAUAAGUCUGAUUUGUUUCAUGCUAAGAUCUGAGAUAUAUUUUUAAGUUUUAAUCUGUUUGUCUGUAACCUUUUUUAAAUGAGAAAAUUGUUUAUUUUUAAUGAGAAAACAUAAAAUUAAUGUUAAGAUAAUUACUAUGACACAAAUGCAUAGAACAAGGAAGUUAUUUUUUGUAGUUAAACCAAGCAUUGUAUUGUUCAAUACAUAAAUCAGCCUUUUUUGAACUGACAGCAUAAAAUCUAUAAUCUGCUUUGCUUUGUUUAAACAAAUCAUUAGACAGAACUAGAAGACAAUUUUGAGACCACUCAUUAUUGAUCUAAUAAGUAAAUUUUAUGUUAGAACAGACAUGCACUCCUUUUUGGAGUCACAAUCUUGUUCACAAUGAAAAUAUUAGAUUUACCUUGGUACUGUAAGUGUGAAUUACUCAUUGUACCAUAACCUUGGUGAUACUGUAUAUCAAAUUAAUUUUAGCAGUAACAAUAACGGUUGCCAUAAUAUGAAAAAAAAAUACAGUGCAAUACAAAUUUUGCUUAGGUUUUUAACUGAUUGGUAAUUAUCAUUUAAGUAAUAUUGUGCAGUCCACAUGGUUCUUUGGUUUCAUGAUCAAGAGGUCUCAGCAUCAUACUUUAAGUUUUUUUUACAUGCACCUCACUCACGAAAAGCACUACUGUGGGGUAAUGUUCAUUAUUAUUAAGUACACACAUUGACAUGCAGAGCUAGCCUGGCCUUUUUUUUAUUAUGACCUGUAACGGGACAGUGAUAGUAUUGAUAGAUCUGGGACUCACAAGAUGAAAUAUAGUACAAAAUAAUUUCAUGAUAUAUAUCUAUACUAAUAUUAUAAAGCUGAAGAGUUUGAACAUGCUAAUCUCAGGAACUACUGGUUUGAAUUGAAAAAUUCUUUUUGUGUUUAAUAGACCAUUUAUCGAGGAAGGCUUUAGGCUAUUUAUCAUCACGCUGCAACUAUUAGGAGCGAAAAAAUAAUGGAUAAUGUGAAAAAAACAGGAAAAAUUAUUCAUCCUUGAGGGCUUCAAUGGUGCCCAAAAUAACUAUUCCAUGCGACACAGCUUGUUUUAAAUAAGCAGCAUAUAAAGGAUGUGUCAUUGAAAUUGAUGAUGAAUCAUGAAAUUAUAUGAUCAUUUUGUCGAGAUUUCAAUGUCAAAUAAGAAUAAUAUUAUUUGUAAAAACCAAAACUGGUAAUAGAUAGGAACUUUUUGGCCAGGAUUAAAGAUUUAUAUUUUAUUACAAUAAUAAUGUUAUGGUGUUGGUCAGUGAUCGAAUAAAGGUCUAGGGGUAUGUUAAGUAUUGAUAAAGGUAUUAUCUACUUUAUAAACUGUUUUUUUAAAUAUUUAUCUCAUGUUAAAUAAAUAUUACUUGUAAA